AUGGCAGGACUACUGAUCGAUGGAAAGAAGAGAGGAGAGACGUACAAGCAGCUGCUCCUGUUUCUGAGCUGGUAUGAGAACAGCGCGCGUGUUCCCAUGAUCAUCAACGGACCCAACAUUGCGCCCAAGAAGGUCAAGGAGUCGGUGUCGACGAUGGAUCUUCUGCCGACAUUCGUCGACCCUUUGGAUCCCGACCGCUCUUCGAUAAUCAUUCGCUUGACAGCCCUCUCGGGCACAGUCGCAGCCCGAGCAGACAUCACCCAAGUCUUCGGGCGAAUCCACGCUGUGGACUACCAGCAGCGAUGA